UUUUUUCUCGGGGAAGGUGGGAGCAAUGCCAAUUCGAUAACAAAACAUAGAAAUGAAUCCCAUCAGUUGAAGCAUCUACAACUCUCUGCAAACCCUUCGUGAGAGCUUCAAUUACCAUCAAUGGAGAUGGACCAGAUUCAGCAUAAGUAUGUAGACGUAAGAGGACUCAAGCUUCAUGUCGCAGAGAUUGGAUCAGGUCCAGUCGUGGUGGUUUUCUUGCAUGGAUUUCCAGAGAUCUGGUAUUCCUGGAGAUACCAGAUGAUUGCUGUUGCAGAUGUUGGAUUUCGGGUCAUUGCUCCGGAUUUCAGAGGCUAUGGGCUGUCCGAACAGCCACCUGAACCAGAGAAAGCAUCCUCCAAUGACCUUAUUGACGAUCUCCUUGCUUUGAUCGAUUGCUUUAACAUUCCUAAGGUUUUUCUUAUUGGGAAGGAUUUUGGAGCCCAAACAGCUCACAUGUUUGCUGUUCUUCAUCCGGAAAGGGUGUCUGGAGUUGUAGCAUUAGGCGUGCCUUUCAUUGUCCCCGGAACAUUCCGUCUUGAUCCAUUCCCAGGAGGCUUCUACAUGAGGAGGUGGCAGGAGCCCGGAAGAGCCGAAGCUGAUUUCGGUCGUUUCGAUGUGAAGACAGUAGUACGAAACAUCUACAUUCUCUUCUCUGGAAGUGAACUUCCAGUGGCCGGGGAUGAUCAGGAGAUCAUGGACCUGGUUGAUCCGUCUACUCCUUUACCACCCUGGUUCACACAAGAUGAUCUCAAGGCAUAUGCAAGUUUAUAUGAGAAAUCUGGAUUCCGUUACCCAUUGCAAGUUCCAUAUAGAUCAUUACCAUUGGUGGAGGAGUCGAGUGUAACAGAUCCAAAAGUUCAGGUGCCGACACUGCUGAUCAUGGGCGGAAAGGAUUACAUUCUGAAAUUCCCAGGAAUAGAAGACUACAUCAAGAGUGGAAAGAUGAAGGACAAUGUCCCGGAUUUGGAAAUCAUUUUCUUACCUGAAGGGACUCAUUUUGUUCAAGAACAGCUACCAGACCAGGUGAACCCGCACAUAGUCGCCUUCCUCAAUAAACAGAGGCCAGAACUGAUCUGACUCUCAUAACUACAAAAUACAUAGUCAUGGCCGUCGGUAGUUGGAGAUUAUCUUCUUGCGAAUCAAGAGACGAGAGAUGGACUAGUUUAAAGACUCACUAGGAUAUUAUGAGGAAUUUUCGACACUAAGUCGUGGUGGGCCAUGAUGUGAUUGUGAACGAUGAGGACUGGUCUUGUAAGGUGCGUUGAUUCGAAGUCUUUCAAAUUCAAAUAAAAUGACAAGCUUUGGCAACUGAACAUUGUUCUUGGGACCCAACUGUUAUA